CAUAUAACCUCAAACAAUAAUAAUAAAUAUACAAAUGUCAAUAUUGACAUCAUUAAAUAUAAUAACAAUAAUUAUUGUUAUUAUCGCAACAUAAUGACAAUAAAUUAAAAAAAUAAAUUUUUACCGGGUGAAAAAAAAGUGUUAAUCUAGUGCGUAAUUAAAAAACAAGUAAGUGAUAAUUUAAAUUAAAAAUAAUUAGUGUAUAAAAUGAUAUAAAUUAACAAGAAGCAAAAAAAAAUGCCCUGGAGUGAUAAGGAAUUAAGACCCUGUCCAUCUUAUACGAGUAUUGGAAACCUGGAUAAUAUCAAGGCAAGACAAUUGGAAGCUGAUGGUUCGAUACGUCAUUCGAGGUCGGAGGGAUCAGGAUCAGGAUCAGGAUUGGGGACUUCAGGAUCAGGAUCUAGAAAUAUGCUGCUGGGAAGAGGAAGACUUCCGGCUCUGUAUCACGGAACCUGGCCAAUGGAACGCGAGUCCUGGAGCCAGAAUCAGAAUGGGAAUGGCAGCGAAGUGCUGGCGAGUGUCAUGAGCUUCACGUCGACGAGCAACGGACUCCAGUCUGAGGAUGAUGCUGACAACCCAGAGCUCACUGAUGACAAUGAAAAUUUGGCGGAAAAGUAUGACGUUAAGAAGGACAUGAUAUUCAAUUUGCUGGGGAUGCUGAUGAAUGAUAACACGGGACAGCAGGACACUAGUAUGACUCUGUUGUCUUUGAGUAAUUCUGCUGAUAAUUGUCUGCUGAUGCGAGAAUCUGGAUGUCUAUCAUUACUAGUCCGCUUGAUCCACGCGCCCGACAAAAACCUCUCAGUCCGCCUGAGCGCUACCCGCGCCCUCUACAACAUAAUCCUCGCAACCGAAGACAAAACGUUAAACCACCAAGAACUUCGCAUCCUAACCCUACUAGAGCGAAUCAGAGAGUACUCUCAAUCUGCCCCUAAAUCACUCCAGCAUCCGCAGCGGCCCCAUAACCACCCCCUGGUAGCUCUAUCAGACCUCACCAAGUUAUCACACCACCCAAUUCACCGUCGCACCAUCAGCGAAAUGGGGGGCUUGUACGCAAUCGCCGAGCUGAUCAAAACCGACCACCAAAUCUUCAGUCCCGAGACCACGAAUCCCUGCUGUCUCGAGGUCCGCAAAUACUCUGGUCAGAUUCUCACCAACCUGACGUGUGAUGACAACAAAAACAAAAGUUUGCUUUGCUCGUUUCCUGGGUUCCUCAGAGCCUGGGUUACCCAACUACGCAGCCCCAGUGAAGAAGCCCACCAAGUAACCGCGUCUGUUUUACGUAACCUGUCAUGGCGCGCAGAUAACAAUUCAAAGCGCAUGCUCCGUGAGUCCGGAACCGUUAAAAUCCUGAUGGAGUCUGCGAUAAUCAGCAAAUGUGAAUCCACCCUUAGAUCAAUUCUAUCCGCCCUAUGGAAUCUUUCUGCGCACUGUACCAUCAAUAAAGCAGAAAUCUGCGCAGUAGAUGGCGCCCUUAAUUUCUUAGUCGAGUUACUGAACCCCCAGGACACAAGCGAACGUAACCUGGCAUUAGUCGAGAACGCUGGAGGAAUCCUGAGAAAUAUUUCGAGCCACGUGGCAAUUGAGGAAAACUACCGGAAGAUUUUACGACGCAAGAGGACUCUGCAUGUCCUAGUCCAGUUGCUGAGCUCCCCAAGUCUGACCGUAGUUAGCAACGUGUGUGGAACCCUUUGGAACCUGUCCGCCAGGUGUCCAACUGAUCAGAAAACCCUGUGGGAUUUAGGAACCGUCCAAAUACUAAGACCCCUAGUCCAUUCCCAGCACAAAAUGAUCUCGAUGGGCGCCAACGCUACCCUACGGAACCUCCUGUCCGCUCGUCAGCACACUUUUGCCCUCGAAAAACGGGAACGCUUCUACGGUAUCAAUACUGAAGCUUAUGAGGAAGGGGACCAGCCUAUUGAUUACAGCAAGAAGUACUUGGAACAGAAGCGGGAGAAAAUUAAAGCCUAUGGGGACUACGCAGAGACUGACUUGGACCAGCCGACGGACUACAGUCUCCGUUAUGCGGAAGACGAUCAGGAAAGCGAAGACGAACACGAACCGCGGCCGUUUUUCCAGACGAACGAAGACAGUGUCAAGACUUAUUGCACUGAGGGAACGCCCUACGAAACCCCUAGGAAUUUUUCCACGGCCACCUCCAUGUCUGACCUGAGGGUCGAUGAUAAAGACGACCGGAAGUCCACCAAAAAGGAGGUUAACAAGGAAGAAUUUUACUCCCAUUCAAGGGUCAAUUCCCUGAGUUCCCUAGCGUCCAAGUGCGAUCCCGAGCAGGCUGAAAAAGCUGGACCUGGUGGGAAUGGUCCAGAUCUAGAUGCCCCGGAUUUGAACCCUAGUUCCCAUGACAGUCCAGAUCCCCUGGAUGUCAAUCCAAGUCUGGACGCUGGUUCGGACUUGGAACAGACUGACAAAGAGGAAAAGAAUGACAAGGAACCAAAAGUCGUUACUUUUGCCGCCGAGGAUCAUUAUGACGAAAAAGAAACCCCGCUGAUGUUUUCUCGCAGCAGUUCUCUAGGUUCCCUGAGCGGGUUCGAGGCCAAUUCCGUUGACGAUCACAGUUCUAUUAUCAGUGAUUUCAGUCGUAUGACCAGUGGAAUCAUUUCGCCAAGUGAACUACCAGAUUCUCCAACCCAAACCGUUCCUCCAAGCCCGCGGACUAAAGAGUUCUCUCGGUCGUUUUUGAAAAGCUACUCUCCCAAGAAAAGGGGCGUUUUCGAAGAUGCUACUGCGGCUUUCAAAGAAGAGAAUACACCGAUAGAAUUCAGUGUUGCUACUAGUUUGAGUUCGCUCACGAUUGAUGACGAUCCCCCGCUGAAGGUGGAACUUGACCAAGAUCAGGAACAGGGUCCAGAACAGGAACGGGAGCAGGAAGUGGAACAGAAACCUAGAGCUGGUUUGAUUUCGAGACGGGGCAAGGGAAUCAAGGAAGAGAAAGCUGAUGACCAGGUUUCGGAUGAUGAUGACGAAAUAUUGGCGGCUUGCAUCAAUAUCGGGAUGCAUAAUAAUCAUUAUAGAGAAAAUUUGGCGAAAUUGGGAAGCGGUAAUGGGUUGGGAACUAGUAACCUGAUUCGUUAUCAAACGAGCACUACCUUAGAUCGGUUAGAAACUGAUAGAGUCGUUAGUUCGCCUAAAAAGGGGAAAGUUGAUGCUUCUGAUGAUUCCGUUCAUGUUUACUGCACGGAAGACACUCCGGCAGAAAUAUCACCGGUAGGAUCGCAGUCUAACUUAUCGGCGCUGUCGAUGCCGAGUAUUUUAGAAGACUUUGAGAAGCCAGAAGAGGAGGAAGGGGAUAAUGCUGUCGGUAAUGAAGGAAGUCUGACAGAUGACAGCUCGGAUGAUGAAAAGAUUCUGGAUGAGUGCAUUGCUUCGGGGAUGUCUAAGUGCAUUAGUCCGACUGCUAAAGCGGAGGUUUUUAUGAAACGUAGGGAAUUCGAGGACAUGGAUAGGGAAGAAGAUGAAGAGGAAGAAGAAGAAGAAGAAGAAGAAGAAGAAGAAGAGGGAAAUAAUUCAUUCGAUAGUGUUGAAGAGGAGGAAGAUGACGACGAUGCUAUUCUCGCGGAAUGUAUUGAGUCGGCGAUGCCGAAAGGCUGCGUUCUGACUGAUAAGGCGACGACUUCCAGACAGGAAGGGAUCAAGGAGGAUUUCGAUGGCCCGAUUGAUCAGAGUUUCAAGUCGCCGAGGUCGGUGGACAGCUUAAGUUUGUCUGAGGAUGAAGAAGAUGAUAUUCUGGCUGAGUGCAUACGCUCCGGCAUGCCUAAGGCUUCUAGUAUGACUAAAAGUUACUCGCCGCUCAAUGACGAACCACGACGUAUGUAUCCGAGUAUCAAUGGAGCGGCAUUGUCUCCGAGGACAUUUUCACCCCGGCAUCUUGUUCAAUUGAAAAAUUACGAUCCAAUAGUGUCAACUGACGAAACUUCAAACUUUGAAACUGAAGACACUCCAUGUAAUUUUUCAGUUAUUUCGGGCAUUAGCAAUUUAUCAUUAAAUUCAAAUUUUGAAUAAUAUUAUUAUAAGUAAUGCCAUAUAUUUAAUAAUUAGUAAUUAAAAUAGGUGUUAUUUUAAUUAUAACUAUAAUAAUAAUAAUAGUAAGUUAAAUUACUGUGAUUAUUAGUAAAUUAUGUAAAAAUAUUUUUUUUGUAAUCGAUUUAAUUUUUUAUACAAUAA